CUAAAGACAACUUCGCCGUCUUUCUCUCUCCACCCCCGGCAUCAUCUUUCUCUCUCUUCCUCUGAAUAUUACAGUGUUCCUUCGGUUUCUCUCGUUUUCUCGGGGAAACAUCUUUGAAUUUCGUCUCGUAAUCUGUUUCUCCCUUUCCCUUUCCUACGAUUCAGUCUCCGUAUUCCGACAAGCUCCGCCGAGUUCUCCGGUAAGGCGAAGAGACGGUCAUUUCUCCGAUGGCGCGUCGUCUUUUCGCCUGCUUCGGCGGCAGAGGAUCUGCCACGUCCACCGGUAAAUCAUCCGCCGGAAACAACUCCGCCGCCGUCGUCUCUGCCGAUGUUCCCUCCGGAGACGGACCGGUGCUGGUCCAGCUAUUCUCGUCGCAGGGAUGUAAGACCUCGCCGGAGGCGGAGAUGAUGGUGUCGCGGCUGGGCCGUGGAGAUUUCGACGGCCAGAUAGGCGGCGGAUCUGGAUCACCUUCUCCGGUGGUUAUGCUGGUUUUCCACGUCGAUUAUUGGGACUACAUGGGAUGGAAGGAUCCGUACGGAUCGAGCCAAUGGACGGUGAGGCAAAAGGCGUACGUGGAGGCGCUGAGAUUGGACACCAUGUUCACCCCGCAGGUCGUGGUCCAGGGCCGAUCCCAUUGCGUCGGCAACGAGGAGGAGACCAUCCUGAAGGCCAUCGUCGACGCGCCUAGGUUCCCUUCUCCAGCGUUUCGUGCAACUUUCCAGAGACCAACCUCGGAGACCCUGCAAGUAUCUCUUACAGGAUCACUGCGGACGAAGGUAGACAGCAACGGGGUUGAUGUAAUGGUGGCGCUAUACGAGAACAGCCUCGUGAACGACUGCCCGAGAGGAGAGAACAAAGGGCGAGUCCUGUCCAACGACUACGUCGUUAGGAAGCUCGAGAAGCUCUGCACUGUCAAAGACAUCUCAGCCAAGAAGACAGUCUCUGGAACUGCACAUUUCACUCUCUGGGACGGAUUCAACUCUACCAAAUGCGGAGUCGUCCUCUUCCUCCAAAACACCUCUCUCCAAAUUUUUGGUACCCAGAAUUUUCAGUUGCCCGAUGAGAUUUGAGAUCGAAGAAGAAGAAGAAGGAGAAGAACCCUUUUGCUGCCACACAUAAUUUCAUUCAUUGCUUUGUGAAAUCCUUUGUCCAAUCUUUUGUUAUUACAGUUGCACAGACAUGUGUCCGAAUAAGCAAGAACUGGUACGUGUACGUACGGAGAAUCAUUAAACCACGUCCUGAUGCCUUUGUCUCUACGGCAAUGCCAA